AGCACGUCCUGCUGGACGGCGACCCACGCAUCGCCUCACUCGGCCCGGCCAGGCGAAGGAAGCCCAGCAACAACAACACGGGUGGAAUCCACGUUCAAGAAGGGCGCCAUAGGCAACCGAGUCGCCCCUCACCCCGUGCAAUCGCCUCCUCUCCCCCCACCUGCCCCUCCCCUCCCGGCCGAGGCGCCUCCUCGCCCUCCUCCUCCCUCUUGGCCCGCCGAAUCUCGCCCUUCCCCUCUGUGUCCCGCCUGCCUAUUCCCUUUUCCCUGCCCUCCUCUCUUUCUCUCUUCCCCUCCCCCUCCCUCCCCCGGCCCGAGGGCGUGUCUUCCUGAAGAUGUCCCUCUCCUCGCCGCUCGUGGCCUCGGAUGCGCUGGAUCUCGACCCGUCCACCUCCACUCUCGAUGCAACACUGCCGGCCGAGGGCCUGCCCCCGACCUCUCCACAGUCGCCGGUCUCCCCGGAGACGGCCCCCCGCGCGCCCAGCAAGGAGCCUCUGCACUAUGUGAUCGAGGAGAUCAUCACAUCAGAGGCCGAGUAUAUCAAGAGCCUGGAGGUGGUGGUCAUGGGCUACAAGCACACGAUCGUCUCCAGCAACAUGUUCAAGGACAAUGAGACCCUGAUCAGCAAAAUCUUCGGCAAUGCCGAGGAUCUGCUGGUUUUCCACCGGGAGUUCUACGCCACGCUGCGGGAAAUUUCAAUCACCGAUGUUCUGGCCCUGGCACAGGCCUUCCUCAAGCAUCGCGAUGGCUUCAAGAUGUAUGCGCAGUACUGCACCAAUCACCCGGUGGCGGUGGACAUUCUCAAGAGCCUGCAGGGGGACGAACGUCAGCGCGUCUUCAUGGCCUGUCAAAUGAUGAUCAACCAGGCCAUCCCGCUGGAGGGGUUCCUGCUGACCCCGAUCCAGCGCUUGUGCAAGUAUCCGCUGCUCCUGCGCGAAGUGAUUAAGGCCACACCGGAGAUCUUCCUGACGGCGGCACCAGUGUCCCCCUCAUCGCCGGGGGAUUCCACCGGCGUUGCCGGCUCGGCCGCCGCGACCUCGGAACUCCCGCUCAUUCUCCAGGCCGAGGACCUGAUGAAGAAGAGCGCGAGCUUUGUCAACGAGAUGCAGCGCCUGCACGAGGCCAAGAUCCACAUGCGUCACCUGCAGACCCGCAUCGACGACUUUGCCGGGCCGGAUUUGGACGUCGACAACAAGGAGCUCCUGUACGACUCGCCCGUGGUCAAGGUGUCCAACAGCAAGUCGCAGGCCCGGCAUCUGUUCCUCUUCGACAACUGCCUGCUUUACUGCCGAGACCAUCCCCUGAAGAAGAACUAUUACCAGUUCAAGGGACGGGUGGCCCUGCAAAAGCUGCUGAUCAGCGACGUCGAGGGGCCAGUGGCCUCAAACCGUGGACCGAUGGCCAAUGUCUUCGAGAUGACGCGCUACGAUACCUCGCCUCCCAAGAAGUAUUACAUUUGUCUGCGCUCGCAACAAGAGAAGCGCAAGUGGCUCUCCCUGAUUCAGGCUCGACAGGACGCUCUGCCGCCGGCAGUAUCGCCGGUAGACGUCACUCGGCUUCAUGUCGAUACGGCCUCCCUAUCUCCAGGUGGCCAUCCAUCGGCCUCGCCGCAGCCGUCGCCCACUCCCGGUGCCGGGCGCUUCUUGUCGGUGGAGGUCUCGGGCCUUUCCGGGACCGAGUCCGGCUCGCGACCCUCCUCGCCCUCUGGCGGCUUCCAUGCGUCCCCCGGGGGCGGCAUUGCCAGUGGCACCUCGAGCGACACGCUGGCCAGCGGCCCGGCGGUUACCUCGAUCGCCGGCCCGCCCCUGUCCAAGGAGAAGCGCCCGUCCAAGCGUACGGCCGCCAUCACGGCCCUCUUCCCCGGGCGUCGGAAGAGCGGUGUGCCGGAUGUCGCACAGCAACUCCUGCCUGUGGCGGCCGGGGCCCCUGGUGCUGGGGCUGGUGGCAGUCUCAAAAACAGUCGGUCGGAAUCCUCCCUGUCGACUUUGGCCUCCGGAAAUGGCACCAACGGCGCCAUUCCCGGGCAUGACAUGUACCACCACCCGGGCAAUGAUGACUACUCCUUCGCGCGGCUACACUCGCCGGGCGACCCUGCCAAUGGUGUCCCUCCCAGUGAGCCCCGCGAUCUCGAGCUCAAUCGCCGCCUGGUAGAUCGCAUUGAUCUGGCCCUGAAGCAACUUCUGUACGAGGAGGAGCUGGCGGCGAGUGGCGGGUCGUCCAGCAGCAGCCCCGGUGGAUUAGUGGCCAGUGGGGGCACCCUGGCCGAUUCCCAUGCCAAGUCUUUCUCCGUGCCGAUUCUGGUGGUGUCGGACGAGAUGGACUCGCAGCCGGCGCCGCGUACCCCGGCGAACAAGGCCCCGGCCGCGGCUUCCCCCUCGCCGGUGAUUGUGGUGACCCCGUCGCCUCCGAACGAUGGGGUCGAUGGUGCCGAGUCGGCCGCGGCAGCUGCUUCGGAUCCGGAUCCGAGCACCCCGGCGGCGGCGACGGCGGCUGCUGCUGCUGCCGACGCCACCCCCAGCACCCCGACAUCCCCCAUGGCCAAGACAUCGGCCCCGGCGCCGGCAAUGCUGGCCGAGCCGCUGCGCUCGCCGGCACGGCGCGCAUCCAUCUCUGGGCCCUCCUCCGGGACCGGGCUCUUCCCCGGCUCGUCGACCGGCUCCUCUUCUGCCCUGGUUGCUGACAGCAAGACCGAUCGGUCGGUCGAGGGGGAAGCGCGUGCUCCCCCGGUGGAGCCCAACAAGGCGGCCCUCUCUUCGGCGUCCAGUAGCUCGACCCCGGCCCUUGAAGCUGCUGUCGCCAGGCAGGUUCGGGACUCGGGUGGUACCAUUCCCCCGGGGUCCCGGUCCGAGUCCGCCCCGACCGGGGCGCCUCCGGCCCAGGGGCCAACCCGGCGGAGCCGGCGUAUCCCGGAUGACGGCCCGCUUCCCUCCUUUGCCGAGAGGCAGAAGCUCUUCAGUGGCGGGGGCCCGGCUCCCUCUCCCCUGGGGGGGACCGCGCUGCCGACACGCUCGGCUUCCGUCCGGCCGACAGCCAGUAACUCUGGGCUGCGUCCCUCUCCUGGCGGAGUGCCCCUGAUCAAGGCCCACUCUGCGUCCAUUGGCCACCUGUCAGAAAGCACGCUAACCGGGCUUCGGUCAACCUCAAUCGAAGCACUGGGGCCUGCCUCCGGCUCGUCCUCGACGGGUGCGGGUGGCCGGGCGUCACGGCGUGACGAGCGUGCCGAUUGGCUUGUCGAGGCGCGCGGGCAGCUCCGCAAGCACCCGGCCGCGGUGUCUGCCUCCUCUGGCAGCCUUUCCUCAUCCACCUCCUCCUCGCUGGGCGGGCGCUAAGAGCCACGCACACGACAUUCACAUGCGUAUGAGUGUGUCUUUGUGUGCGCCUCCAUAGCUCCUGGUGCGGCCCGAUGGCGGACAUGGCAUUGGGGGUCAUUUUCCUUGUCAAUAUGAGGCCCUUCGUCCCUCUCGAAAAAAAACCAACACCUCCUUCUGCACCAAAGGAGUGCACGCA